AAGCUAACCAACAACUCAUUCGAGAGGAUAUUCAAAAACCUGUUCAAGUAGCUAUCCAAGAACCCGUUCAAAAGAAUAGAGACUAUAUUAGCCAGGAGGAGGCAAACAAAUGGGUUAACCCAAAUGCCCGAAAACCUGGUGAACAUUUUAAAACAUGGGGAACACGACUACAAAAAAGAUGGAAAGAACUUG